CUGCCCGGCAAUACUCAGCCCUACCGCCUACACCUCUGCUGACCCAGCCUCAGGUCACACCAAGAUGUCGGACGCCGAAGAGCAGGAAUAUGAAGAGGAGCAGCCUGAAGAAGAGGAAGCUGCUGAGGAGGAGGAAGCCCCCGAGGAGCCGGAGCCGGUGGCAGAGCCAGAAGAGGAGCGCCCCAAACCAAGCCGUCCCGUGGUUCCUCCACUGAUCCCGCCGAAGAUCCCAGAAGGGGAACGUGUGGACUUCGAUGACAUCCACCGGAAGCGUAUGGAAAAAGAUCUGCUGGAGCUGCAGACGCUCAUCGACGUGCAUUUUGAGCAGCGGAAGAAAGAGGAAGAGGAGCUCGUGGCGCUGAAAGAACGCAUUGAGCGCCGCCGGGCAGAGAGAGCUGAGCAACAGCGCUUCAGAACCGAGAAGGAACGCGAGCGUCAGGCCAAGUUGGCGGAGGAGAAGAUGCGGAAGGAAGAGGAAGAGGCCAAGAAGCGGGCUGAGGAUGAUGCCAAAAAGAAGAAGGUUCUGUCCAACAUGGGGGCCCACUUUGGGGGUUACCUGGUCAAGGCAGAACAGAAGCGGGGUAAGCGCCAGACAGGGCGUGAAAUGAAACAGCGCAUCCUGUCUGAGCGUAAAAAGCCCCUGAACAUCGACCACAUGGGAGAGGACCAGCUCCGGGAAAAGGCCCAGGAACUGUCAGACUGGAUCCACCAGCUGGAGUCCGAGAAGUUUGACCUGAUGGCCAAGUUGAAGCAGCAGAAAUAUGAGAUCAAUGUGCUGUACAACCGCAUCAGCCACGCGCAGAAGUUCCGGAAGGGGGCCGGGAAGGGCCGCGUUGGAGGUCGCUGGAAGUGAGGUGGGGACGCUGGCCCACCCCGAGGCACCUGGGCGCCCUUGGAGUGUGUGCCCCAUCUGUGGCUUGAAAUAAACGCUACACUUUUAGACACCUG